AUGGCUACAGGACGUCUUGCAGGCAAGAAUGCCGUGAUCACUGGUGCCGCUGGAGGCAUUGGUCUGGAGACCUCUAUCCUCUUCGCCAAGGAAGGCGCCAACGUUCUCAUGUCGGACAUUUCCGCUGAGGCCCUUGAGAAGGCGCUCGCCAAGGUCAAGCAGCUUGUGCCCAACGCUGGCAAGAUUGAAGUUCUGAAAUGCGAUGUCUCCAAGGAGAGCGAGGUCCAGGCUAUGGUCAACGCCGUCGACGCCUGGGGCGGUCUCGAUAUCCUUUUCAACAAUGCCGGUAUCAUGCACGCCAAGGACGACGACGCCGUCAACACGCCCGAGGCCAUCUGGGAUCUGACGCAAAACAUCAACGUCAAGGGCGUGUGGUUUGGCUGCAAGCACGCGGUGCUGUCGCUGCGCCGCAACAAGAAGACGCGCGCCUCCAUCAUCAACACCGCCUCGGUCGUCGCUCUUGUCGGCGCCGCCACCCCACAGCUCGCCUACACCACCUCCAAGGGUGCCGUCUUGGCCCUCACCCGCGAGCUCGCCAUGGUCCACGCCCGCGAGGGCUUCCGCUUCAACUCGCUCUGCCCCGCGCCCCUCAACACCCCGCUCCUGCAGGACUGGCUCGGCGACGACCAGGCCAAGCGCAACCGCCGCGAGGUGCACUUCCCCGCCGGCCGCUUCGGCGAGGCCAUUGAGCAGGCGCACGCCGUUGUCUUCCUGGCCAGUGAUGAGGCGAGCUUCGUCAAUGGCCACGACUUUGCCGUCGACGGCGGUCUGACCAAAGCUUAUGUCACCGCCGAGGGCCCUGCGCCAGCGGCGCCUCAGAACAAUGCCGGAAAGGACUCUUUGUAA